AUGGAUGUUGACUCUCCCAACCCCAAUACCCCGAAGCGACUCGGGGGCCGAUUGUCACCUGGAUCCUCUACCAAAGCGCAAGAUCCUCGGCUUGCCGGGACAUUUAAACCCCCCACAAAUCCCGUUUUCAUCCAAAAACCUCCCGCAAAAUCGAUCCCCCAGGUGCCUCCACUUUCGAUCCCUAACAGUGCCCCGAGCCCUACGUUCAUAGAGAACCAAAGUGCACCCAGUCAUCAAGGCGCGUCGUCGAUCUCAGCUUUGGUCAACUCAUUGAUCAAGGUGAACAAGUGCGAGGAAGAGAAAGAGAGACUCCAAAAGGAAAUAAUUUCUAUUACCAAAAACCUACAUAGGGCGAAGCAGUCUCCACAAUUUCCGAGUGUGAUCACUCUCUUCCAGCAACAGCUGGGCGCGGCGAAGGAUGAAUUGGCCAACCAUGUCAAGUCGAUCACCGAUAAUCGAUCACUCUCCAAUCAGGCGCAGGAUAAUUUCAAUUCGACAUUGUCGCAGUUCAAGCCCCAACCACUGCUCGAAAACAUACCUGGGCGGGUCGAGAAGCUAGAAUCCACAAUAAACGGAAUAGGGCAAGGCCGUGGCCCAACUACCGAAGGUGGUAAUCCAACACAAGUGGAUACUGAAACCGACAAAUCUGGAUUCCAAACGGAAAUGCGAGCCCGAGAUCAAAAUAUCGCUGAAAUCAACGGAAAGCUGGAAAAAGUGCAGCAUACCCUCGAGAACCCCAAAGGAUUGGAGGAGGCACUGGAAUACAUCCAAAAGAUUGCAAACUCAGUCGCUCUUCAAUCUAAAUGGAAGGGUCAAUUCACGGACAAAAUGUCAAGCCUUGAACUCGAAGUGAAGGUUGCCGACAAGAAGCUUGAUGACAAGAUUUCUAUUAUCAAGAAGAUGGUCGACACCGUCGAGGAAGAAAUGAAAGUUUCCAACCAGCAGCUAGAGACCAACAUUUCAGAUAUUGGUUGCAAACUGAGAACUACUAAUGAACAGCUUCAGGGCAAGCUUUCUUCCAUUGAAAGCGAGGUCAAGUCGCUCAGUACCACGCGACUUAGUCUCAAAAAUAGCGCGUCGACUCCAGUUUCACAAAUUGAGACUGACUUGGAAGGUCAAAGGAAGCAAGCCACGGAGCAGAUUGCCGCCCAAGAAAAACUUCUGCGGCCGGGUCUCCUCAGAAACAACACCUAUCCCCCCAGCGGGGUGCUUACAAGAGUGGCGUCUCUGGAAAAGAAAGUCCAGAACCAAACAGACCUCCUUAACAACAUCAAAACCCUUCAUCAUGACGUGGAUGUCAUCCGUGUGGGUGAGUUGAACUCUUUACGCCAGGACCACGAGUCGCACCAAAGAUCACUUGAAACCAAACAAAGCGACACUUCAAAAAAGGUGGAGGACCUGACCAGGAAAUCUGAGGAAAUGACAAACUUCCAGACGACGCUCGAUACGACCCUCAACCAAGUUAGGGUGUCCUUGCCAACAAACUUUGAGCAGAUCCAAAAACAUGUUCAAAGCGCGCUAGAUGGAUUCGAAACCCGCCUUGCUCCAUUUGCCGACCUUGCUCGAGCUCUAACAAAGUGCGAGAGUAAAGUCGACUCCGUCAGCAGGGCCAUUCGCUCACUAGAAACAAGAUACACCAAUAUCACUACCGGCGAAUUAGUCAAUUCCAUGGCACAUGCCAUGCAGCAAAUGUACCCCUCUGUUGAUCAGCUAAGUCAACAAUUGACGGCCCACCGAACGGAAAUUGAAGCUACACUUUUUGCACUCAAGCAAGAAGCAGAGUCGUUCAAGGCAGACACGAACCAAUUCAAGGCAGAUACAAAAAAGGCCCAGGCAGACGCACAGAAAAUCCAGCCUAGCGCAGAGAGAUCUGAAGCAGCACAGGUCUCACCGGAACAGCUCCAGAAUUUGACUCAGAUGCCGAUUUUGCUUCAACAGGUCGAAGACCUUUCCGGCAAGCUUGCACCGAUUGAGAUACUCAUCAAGGAGCAUGGUGAUGAGUUGCAGAGAAACCUUGAACUGCGGAGCGAAUUGCAAAACAAAGUCACGGCUCAAGACGACACCAUCGAAGGCAUUUCUGAAAAGGCCGAUGACCAGGGUGUAGAGAUCGGAAACAUCACUCAGUCCACGCGACAUAUCAGUCCAUUGAUCCACAAAGUCGAUGCUCACAUCUCACAACUCCAAGAGAUUCGACAAAUGGUUGACAAAUUAACCAAAGACGCGGCAAAGAGAGACGAUACCGCGACUGAUAAGCUCAGCAAGAUCUGUGUACGGCUGGAAAAGCUCGAAAGUCGGAGCGAUAUCGAAGAUGAAGUUCUUGGCGAACUCCAGGGACAACUGAACGACUUGGAAAGCCAAAACACCACAGCCGACCGAGGUCUUGAAGAAGUCCGGAAAAAGCUGCAAGACCUGAAAGAUCGUAACGCAACGGAAAAUAAGGAUUUUGACAAACUCCGGGAUCAGUUGAAAGCCCUCGAAGACCAGGAACCACCGGUGUCAUUGGAGAAAUUCAAUGAGCAGGGGGAUAAGGUGAGGAUGUAUAUUAAGCGCCUGAGGAGGGCUGAAGACAUUUUCAAGGCCCUUGCAGGAGGAGCUAAAAUUUCUGAUGUUAUCGGUGAAAUGGAGGAGUGGAGCACCGAUGGGCAGGAAGCUCUUCAGCCCCAACCAAAUGGUCAUGCUUUCACCUCAAAGCCGACGACAACACCAAAGACAGUUCCCAUGGGCCCUACUCUAGGUGUAUAUCAGCCGGUCCAGAUCAGCGUCAAGGGCCAGGCCGACAAUUCUACGCCAAUCAGUUCGAAGUCAAAUCACUCUGCAACGCAAGCUCGUCAGCCCUCACAAACACCUAGUGGAGCUAGCAAUAGUCAUCCAUCGUUAUAUUCUGGCAAAUCCGUUGAGCCCCGUCAGGUUCAACAUUUGAAAGGAAAGCGACGGGUGUCCUCUGUAAUAGACUCUGAGGAUGAAAGAAACACAACCGAGUCCUCUUCGGUGCUCGAGUCUUCGCCGGCUCCUACCUCUUCUGCUCCAACAUCUCUCACUCAGGGCUCUAGCAAAAAGGAAAGGAAGAAGGCGAAGAAGAGGGCGGAACAGGCAGAAGAGAAUUCCAAGCAUUCGAGCAGACCUGACAAGAAACGAAAGCGGAACAAGCAGGAUGAAUGA